AUGGCCCACUCGUCACCUUCCAUGCAGCCUUCGGUGCAGCUGCCUUCUCCACAGCCCCUCGACGACCAGCCAGGCCUCGAGGUCGUGCCGCACGAUAACCUCCCCGAAGUUCGACCCGAGGAAGAGCCAAAGUUCUAUCUGUCACCGGCUCAAUAUCAAGAUCAAAAGAUCGUUCUCGGCGAAGAUUAUCCCCAGGUAGUCGACGGCAACGGGGAAAUAGAGGUUGGUAGCCCAGCUUCAACAGAAAAGGGCACGCUUCCUCCUGUCAGCAAAUCCUACCAAAGGCGAAAAUGGUGGAUUAUUGGCGGUACUGCUUGUGCAGUAGUUGCCAUUGUUGUCGGCGUUACUCUAGGUGUUGUGUUAUCACUGAAAGCCCGCAACAAUGAUGGCAACGCCGCCAUAAAUGGCACGUCGGGACCAGAAACCAUCCGCCAAGGCUCAAAGCUCUCAGCAGCGGGCUGGCGCAAAGCAAAUGGUUAUGUUGAGAGGUAUCUCUUUUAUCUCGACCCUCAAGGUCAGAUCAGACGCUCGCGAAGUAUCACCGGCAAGGGCAAUUCUACCUCCACAUGGGAAGUGCUGCCAGUGCUUGACCUAAAAGCAACCAACGGCACCUCACUAGCAGCCACCAUUGCUCUUCAUGGCACAGAUUACAAUCCGCAAACUGCAUUGUUUUACGAGGCGGACAGAAAGGUCUUCGGCACCAUGUUCAAUCAAGCCAGACAACCAAACAUUCUGAUCGACAACGUUUCGGGAGGGUACAGUCGUGGUUUCGCGGACCUAGCCAUGGGUAACGCGGCUAAACUUGCGGCAUACUGGCCCUAUGUCGUGGCUCAACAUGAGACGGGCGAUAUCAUUCAAGUUGAUCACAUGCUGGGGGAUGGUCUUGUCCCCACCGAGGACUGGUAUGUCCAGAAUCUCAACAUCACCGCCUACGAGGGCUCGUCGCUAUGCAUAGUACCCACCAGUUCCAACUUCACCGAGAUCAAGGAAUCCAAAGCCUAUGGUGUAGUCUACCAGAAGCCCAAUCAGGGCUUGGCCAUCCAUUACCCUGCCUUUGAGCCAGGCACGCCCGACGCCGUGCAGCUCGAACGGGUUCCUGAAACAUUCCCCGAGCUCUACACAUUCCCGCCCCAGACUCCGAUGGCCGCCUUUGCCGUCCCCCGAGGUUCCAACGACAACGACAGCCUCGUGGACAUCUACCUUGUCAUCAAGAGUUACACUGGCAAAUUUGCCGUUUGGUUCAGCGAGAACUCAUCCUCUUGGAGGGAAGAAUUCCCUGCGGUUUUCCAGGAGGUUGAUGAAGAUUCGGACAUUGCAUGUUCCACCCUGGCAGUCACAAACAUGGACUGGGAAGGGAAGGAGGUCCCGCUGGAGCGUGGCGAAGUGCGGUGUUAUUUUCAGCGUAAUGGCAUUGUUGUUGAAGUAGCUUUUGAGGGUUUGAUUUGGACUGAGGUUGGGGUGGUGCCGAUACCAUGA